AUGUCAAUGACGGAAGAAACGAAGACGACGAAGCUCGAAUCGGCGGGAGAUUCGUCCGAUGUAGACAACGGGAACUGUAGCAGUAGCGGAAGUGGUGGUGAUACGAAGAAGACAUGCGUUGAUUGCGGAACAAGCAGGACCCCACUUUGGCGUGGUGGGCCAGCUGGACCUAAAUCAUUGUGCAAUGCGUGUGGGAUCAAGAGCAGGAAGAAGAGGCAAGCAGCUCUUGGGGUUAGACAAGAGGACAAUAGGAUCAGGAACAAGAGUAGUAACAGUCUCUGUCUUGAAAACCGAAAUGCCACCAAGAUCGUAAGAGGGAUUUCAGAAAAUGUCAAGAUUGUAAAAGGGGAUUCAGAAAAUGUCAAGAUUGUAAGAGGCGAUUCAGAAAAGGUCAAAAUCGUAAGAGGCGAUUCAGAAAAGCUCAAGAACAGGAUCAAGACAACAGAGAAUUACAGUAGCGGUCACAAGAAGAAUGUGAAAAGAGUUACUAGAUUUUUGGAUUUAGGGUUUAAAGUUCCGGCGAUGAAGAGAUCGGCGGUGGAGAAGAAGAGGCUAUGGAGGAAAUUAGGGGAAGAGGAACGAGCAGCUUUUCUUCUCAUGACCCUUUCUUGUGGUUGA